CAUCCCGAAACACACAGUCAGAAAUCACAAGCAGAGUCCAAGGCCAUAGGGUCGUGAUCUGAGCACGCGAGGAGGGAGGAGUACGAAGUGGGGAGGAAGGGUGCGGAGGAGGAGCCAGUCAACGCCCAGAGCCCCAGAGCGGAGGGCUCACGGCCCCGCCCCCUGGCGACUUCAGCGUCCCUAACGACCAACAGCGCCAACAGCGAGUGAGAGCAAUCUCCUGGGUCCCCUGAGCAGAGCCCCAGGGAAGAAGAUGUCACUCAAUACCACCUCAGGGCAGCCUGGCGACAGCCAGCCAGACUAACCCCAACUAGAGAAUGAUUGAGCAAUGCUCAGGACCCUGUGGUCCCAGUGGAGAAAGACAGGGACCUGCAAGGAGGCUGCUUGUCGAGACCUGAGUGCACCCUGAUUUUCAUGGCUGCCGGUCCCCACCAGGCUUCAUCCUCUGCUGCGGCAGAUAAGCCCUGUCCACGACCCCCAUCUCGUAUCCUGCCUGCGUCAAGGAUUUUCCAGUUGAAGAAAUUUCCUGUAACAAGUUGCCAAAGGGCUUUCAGCCCUUGCCUCGUUCGCAGCCGAUAUGCAGGACAGCCCGGCAGCAGCAUCCGGCUCCAAGUCUCAGAAUCAGUCCACAUUCAACGUCCAGCGCCAGACCUCCACUGCAGGUGGUGCCGGCUCAGGGGCACCACCCUUGAAGACUACACCAAACCCUACCCCAGUGCACCUGAAGCCCAAGACCACAAAUGCACGGCGCAUGCGCCGGAUCAUCUCCGAGGACGCAGAGUGGUCUCUGGCCAUUGUACCACUCCUUACAGAACUCUGCAUUCAACAUAUUGUCAAGAACUUCCAGAACAACCCUAUCCUGAAGCAGCUGCUCCCAGAGCACCAACAGAAGGUCUUGAGCCACCUGCCCCAUGACCUGCCACUGACGGUGACUGCCAACUUGAUCGAUGACGAGAACUAUUGGCACCGCUGCUGCAUCAAGCGCUGGUCCGUGUGCCACGUGGCCAAGCACGGCGGGAGCUGGAAGCGUAUGUUCUUUGAGAGACACCUGGAGAACCUGCUGAAGCUCUUCAUUCCGGGCACCACGGACCCCAAUGUGAUCCUGGACCUGUUGCCCCUCUGCAGGAACUACGUGCGCCGCAUCCAAGUGGAUCAGUUCCUCCCACCUGUGAGGCUGCCCACCCCGCCCCAGGCUGACGAACAGUCCGACUCUGGCAGCGAGGGGGAGGGGAGCGAGCCUGAGAAGGACCACUACCAGCUGGAGAGUCUGGUGGCUGGCCUCAAGCACCUGGAGGAGCUGGACCUGGUGUACGGCGUCAAGGACUGCGGCAUGAACUUCGAGUGGAACCUCUUCCUCUUCACCUUUCGAGACUGCCACUCCCUGGCAGCCACCAUCAGAGCCUGCCACACCCUCAAGGUCUUCAGGCUGACCCGAAGUAAGGUGGAUGAUGACAAGGCACGUAUCCUAAUCCGGAGCCUGCUGGACCACCCAGCCCUUGAGGAGCUGGACCUGUCCCACAACCUCAUUGGAGACCGUGGCGCACGAGCAGCGGCCAAGUUGCUGAGCCACAGUCGCCUGCGAGUGCUCAACCUCGCCAAUAACCAAGUGCGGGCGCCUGGUGCCCAGUCGCUGGCUCAUGCCCUGGCACACAACACCAACCUUGUCUCCCUCAACCUCCACCUCAACUGCAUCGAGGACGAGGGCGGCCAAGCAAUUGCCCACGCCCUGGAGACCAACAAGUGCCUCACCACGCUGCACCUCGGAGGCAAUGAGCUGUCUGAGCCCACAGCCACACUCCUGUCCCAGGUGCUCCCCGUCAACACCACACUCAUCAACCUCAACCUCUCCUGCAACCACAUUGGGCUGGAUGGCGGGAAGCAGCUCCUGGAAGGCAUGUCAGACAACAAGACCAUCCUGGAGUUUGACUUGCGUCUGUCAGAUGUAUCCCAGGAGAGCGAGUACCUCAUUGGCCAGGCUCUGCAUGCCAACCGAGAGGCCGCCCGCCAGCGGACCCUGAGUCCUGGCUACUUCAUGACACCCAUCACUAACAACAGUCAUGAGAAUCCCGUGGGCUAAGAUGGGGGGACAGGGCUUGAACAGUGAUCUGAUGGGUCCCUGUAACAGCCAUCCCUUCAUCUCACACCCUUGCUAUGGCUGUCCCUGGGUCUGAGGGAGAAGAGGGGAUCGCGAAUCUCCUUAGAAUAAGUUUGUACGUAUGAAGAUGCUGAGGUAGGGAAGGGAGCCUAAGGAUAAAGAGAGGGUAAGCUAACUCCUGCACCCGGAAGUGGCCAUUACUAACUAGACCUGCAUAAAUGAUCAGCUUCCAGGAACAGGGAAGGCAAAGGAUUCUAAAGAGAGUCUCCCUGCCCAAACUCUUCAUGAACAACAUCUACCUCAACUCAGCCCACCCUUUCCCUUUCUGCUAAGCAGACCCAAGAGCUCUGAUCUCAGUCUACACAUACACACACACACACACACACACACACACACAAAGUGGGGGGUGGGGGACAAAGCUAAGCCUGUCUCUCUCUGCUCUCCUACCCUGCCUGAAGAUGCCACCUGCCUGUCACCAUCCUGGUGUGCCCCACUUCUACACAUGGCAUCAUCACUAAUUCUCAAGCUGGGAAGGGGUAACAAGUGACAGAGGGGCUCAGACAGAGACCUCCUACCAAGGACAGGGAAUAAGCAUCACUCCGAGGAGAGGAUCAGUGAGUCAUCC